AUGGCCGCCCGCAGCAGGGAGAAGGAGCCGCUGGACCCGGUGCGGCAGAACCAGCUCCUGUGCGAGCGGGUGCGGAAGGAGCUGCAGUGCCAGAGGCUACACACGCAGUACAGCCUGAACCCGCUCCACCGCGUUCACACGAUCACCAAGAAGCCUAUGUCUUGGCAUGAUAAUGUAGAAGAGCCAGCAGACGCCAAGUUUCUGAAUCUUAUUCACCAUGCAGCACUGGAGCCAACAAAGAAAUACGCAGAGCCACAAACUGAAAGCCAGGAAAUUGGCUGGAACACAACACCUUUGAUUCAUGUGGAUCGUACUGAUUGCAGACUCUACUUCCCACGCCGGAGAACUGAAAUAACUAAAUAAAUGGCUGUCAUGGGGCACAGGGAGGAGCAGUCUGAGAACCUGCAGUAGUAGAGUGGCAAAGCCACACAACUCAGAUAGAAGCAGUUAGUGACAUCUAAUGUGUUAGGCCCUGCUUGUUACUAGGUGAGUCUGGUAGAUCUGGCAAGACAAGACAGCGAGAAGAGAGAACCUCAGUCUGUCCAGAUUUGCAGCCUGAAAAUAGUUACAGAAAUAAACCUAUUUAUAAGAUUGCUGCAUUUGUCUCACUGCUGCUUCCAAACCCAUCUAUAUGAGUAGUCUAAAAAACACUUUAACAUCUUGACAGUCUUCAGACUUCCUAUUCUGACAUCGGCAACAUGACCCAGAAUUCAAGUUCACUAAGUACAUGUCAACAGUAGCUGUAGAAAAAGCUGUCAGAAUUAAGGGAACAAAGGGCAGGCUUCAGCCA